AGCGUAUAAAAGGGCGGCGGACACUCUGAGCUACACACACUCUCUGAGUGAGGCUCUGCGCAGGUAUCACACACACACACAGUCAUCAUGUCCACUGGAGAUAAGACCAAGGCUGCUUCCCAGACCGACGGGAAGGCUGCCCAGAGCAAGAAGUCCGAGAUGGGAAUGAUGUCCUACAAGAUGUACGUGUUCGACCAGGAGAACUUCCAGGGUCGCAUGAUUGAGAUCAGCAACGAGUGCAUGAACGUGUGCGAGAUGGGCAUGGACCGCGUGCGCUCCCUCCGUGUGGAGUGUGGACCCUUCGUGGGCUUCGAGCAGAUGAACUUCUGUGGAGAGAUGUACAUCCUGGAGAAGGGAGAGUACCCUCGCUGGGACUCCUGGAGCAACUGCCAGAAGAACGACUACCUGCUGUCCUUCAGGCCUGUCAGGAUGGACCCUGAGAAGCACAAGAUCUGCCUGUACGAGGUCGGACAGUUCAAGGGUCGCAAGAUGGAGAUCAUGGACGACGACGUCCCCAGCCUGUUCUCCUACGGCUUCACCGACAGAGUGGGCAGCAUCAUGGUCAGCUGUGGAACCUGGGUCGGAUACCAGUAUCCCGGUUACCGUGGUAGCCAGUACCUGCUGGAGAAGGGCGAGUUCAGACACUUCAACGAGUACGGCGCCCGCUGCCCCCAGUUCCAGUCCGUGAGGCGCAUCCGCGACAUGCAGUGGCACCAGAUGGGAUGUUACACCAUGGCCAGCAAGUGAGGCUCAGGGAGGGCGAGAAAGAGAAAGAGCGGAGGCGAGGGAGAGGGGCGGAGGAAGAGAGAACGGGGGAGAGAUGUCUGAGGCCUGGCCUCUUCCCUGGCUGAGGCGUGUGACCCUGCACAGCGAGGGAGGAGGGCGAGGCCGAAGAGAGAGCCUUCUACUCACGUAGAGGACGCCUCCGAGGAAGGAGCCGCUGGCGACCCAGACACCCCUCCCCCACUCUCUGCUCUUCUCUUUCUCCCCCAGGGUCUGACCUCGGCUCCCCCACUCCCCUCAUCCCCCCUCCCCCCAUUCACCUCCUUCUUUUUCGUUCCCUAUUCCUUUCACCCCCCCUCAGUUCAUUGCAGCACCAAAGAGGGAACGAGAAAUAUCUUGCUGUUUUACACAUGAUUCUCGGCUCAGGGUAUGAUGCACCAUGGGAAAUUGAGUUUCUUUAUCCUCCCCUACUUCCUAAACCUGUGUAUCGCACUCCCUCUCUGCUGUACAGAAUCCUGGCCAACUUUUCAAUAAAAAUGAAAAUCUUGAUUUUAAAACGUU